UUCAAAUUUGUUCUCUUUUCUCCACUUGUAGCCAAGAUAGAGAGGCCUACCCUCAAAGCAGGAAAUGACGGAGGUGCUGAACGUGCAACCGCCAAACUGGAUUCUGCCCCGCCGAUCGCCUCUUUCCACCAGGUGCUAUUCCUUUUCUUCUCUCCUCAGUUUCCAAAACGCCAUCAGUGGAACCCACAGCCCUAACUGGAAAACCCUUCGCGAGGUCAAGUGCCAAGGCCGUUAUUCCUGCUUCUUUGCUGACGGAAGCAAGCAGGAGCAAGCCAGAAAGGCACUUGAAAGUGCACUUGAUGGAAAGAAAACUGUGUUCGAGAAAUGGAGCAAAGAAAUUCAGAAAAGGGAGGAGAUGGGCGGCGGCGGAGGCACGGCUGGCCGAGGUGGCUGGUUUGGUGGCGGUGGGUGGUUUGGCUGGUUUGGUGGGGCGCAUUUCUGGGAGGAAGCACAACAAGCAAGCCUUGCCCUAAUUGGCAUCAUCUCCUUGUACCUCUUGAUAGGGAAGGGAAAUAAACUGUUUGCUGUCGUCUCCAAUUCCUUGCUGUUUGUACUACGAGGGUUCAGGAACUGGUUUACAUUUCUAUCAGCAAGUACUGUAGGAAGAACCAGCCUUUCUACAUCAGGAAAUGAUCAGAUGGCAAAGGAUGCAUAUCAACCGCCACUAUCUGCAAAACAGAGAGUAGUAAGAAAAUGGGGAAUGGAUUAAAACUUGUGUUUUUCCCUGCUUAGAAAUUCACAUCCGUUAUUUUGCUUUCAUUGGGAGAAAAAAAAUUUUCUUUCUCCAAAAUUUUGUUUAUUUUGAAAACAAAGUAGAAGAGAAUCAUGCCCAUGCUUUUGUAUUUUCUUAAAUGUGACUUUUUGAAUUGUGUACUGUGUCCUCACUUCUCCUUGAUAUUUAUAUUGAGUUGUGCAUGCCAUA